AUGAGGGUUCCUCUUGCUGGCUACAGCAACUUCGAGCGAACAAGUGUCUCCCUGUCCAGAGUGGAAAGCAAGAGGGAACAUAGUCCCCCUUAUGUUCGUCCCAACAUGAGUGAUCUGAGGAUUGUCCUGCUGGGGAAGAGUAUUGCAGAAAACCGCAGAGUUGUAAACUUAAUCUUAAAUAAAGAAGCAUUUGAAAGGAAAGCGUCCUCAUCUGGUGUGGAGUUCAGUGAAAGAGUAGAGGGCAGAAACAUCACAGUCAUCAGCACAUCUCAGCUGCUCAACCCAGAACUCAAACUACAAGCAAUCACACAGAAAGUAUCAGCACUGUCUUCUCCAGAACCUCAUGUGAUCAUACUGGUGCUGCAGCACAGGGAUUUCAGUGAGAAGCAAAGAGAUCGAUUACCUUCAGUGUUGAACUGCUUUGGUGAGCAGGCAAUGAAGCACACAAUGAUCCUGACUACUGAUGAUGAGCCAGGUCAUGCUGGACUGAGAUCUGCACAAGAAAAUGAGUUUAUUCAGGAAAUAUCUACAGAAUGUGGAGGAGGACAUCUGCAGCUUCACAACACACAGCAUUCUCUAUUUAUUAAAAAAGUUGAUGAAAUGAUUUCUGGACAACAGAACUCAUCGCUGGACAGCAGAGCAGCAGAUUCUGAUGACAGACAGUUGGUAAAACAGGAAGGCCAUGAUUUAAGGAAAGGUGAAAGUGCAUCUCAGGAAUAUGACAAGAGAGCUCUGAGGAUUGUUCUUCUGGGAAAGAAUGUUUCAGAAAACAGCCGAGUCAGAAACUCAAUCCUGGGAACAGAUGUGGAUGAGAGUGAUCCAUAUACAGCUUUAGAGCAGUACAAUGUGACACCUAUUGGUGGAACGGUUAAAGACAGACACGUGAUGGUUAUUAACACUCUUCAUCUGCUGAGUCCGGACACUUCAGAUCAUCAGAUCACACAGACAGUCAGAGAGUGUGCAGAAAUGUCUGAUCCAGGACCUCAUGUGUUUAUACUUGCUCUACAGUAUAAAGACUUCACAGAGGACGACAUGAUAAGAGUCAAACAUGUGCUCAGCAAAUUCAGUGAAGAAGCGAUUAACCACACCAUCAUCAUCAUGACUGAUGAAAAAGCACACCGCUCACACAUUAAUACAGCUAUUUCCCAGUUAAUAAAUGUGUGCAGAGGAAGACAUUUGCUGCUUGAAGAGGGGAAACCAGAUUUUCCUACCGAGAUCAUUAAUAGAGUCGAUAUGAUGCUGAAGUAUACCAAAGAUUACUGUGUCACUUGUGAGGUAUAUGAAGAUGCUAAAGACGUGUCUGAGGAAGAAGAGCAGAGCAGAUCUUUGCAAUUAUCCAGAUCAGAUGAAAUAAACAAACAUCUUACUUAUCACGAUGAUGAUGGAAAUCCCAAACAGAGCAAGAGAAGCGAAGAAACAGUAGUUGAUAUACAAGAGUGGAUGCACACCAACUUGCCAGUAAAUAUCUCUGGCAAACAGAAGCUGAAUCUGGUGCUGUGUGGAAGUGAUGGAUCACUUAAGGUCUCAGUGUCCAAACUUUUACGAGGAAAAUCGAUUGCUACUUCACACCAGAGAUCAAGCAGUGAAGAGUUUUUUAAGAAAGAGGAGAAGGUUCACGGUCGUCAUAUAAGUCUGCUGGAGCUUCCAGCUCUCACUCGUCUCUCAGAAGAUGAAGUGAUGCGUCAGACUCUCCACUGUGUGUCUCUCUGUCAUCCUGGAGUUCAUGCUUUCCUCCUCAUUAUUCCUGUUGGAUCACUGACUGAUGGAGACAAAUUGGAAGUUGAGAAGGUUUUUAAGAUAUUUGACACCAAGCAGCAUUUCAUAAUGAUAUUUAUCAGUGAUGGCACAGUUAAAAGUCCAGUGAGGGACUUCAUAAAAUCCAGCCCAGAAUGUCAAAAGUUGAUCAGUCAGUGUGGAGGUCUUUACUGUGUUAUGGGUCUAAAAGAACCUGCAAGCUCACGACAGAUCCCAGAACUGCUGAAGUUAAUAGAGAAGAUGAAGACUAAAGCAUAUUCGACUCCGAUGUUUGUGAAAGCUCAGGAGAACAGAGGCAGACGUGAAGCAGAGGAGAAAUAUCAAGAAGAACUGAAGAGACUGGAGAAUAAAAUCAAAGAGCUUCAAGAGAAGGGUCAGACAGAAGGUUCUGAUUGUACAGAAGAUCUGCAGUGUCUCAGGAUUGUGCUGAUUGGAAGGACAGGAAAUGGAAAGAGUGCAACAGGAAACACCAUUCUGGGAAGAGAGGAGUUUCUGAGUCAAGUAAGCAUGGAUUCAGUGACGACUGUUUGUGAGAAAGGGGUUGGAGAAGUUGAUGGUCGAUCAGUAGCUGUUGUUGAUACUCCAGGACUCUUCGACACAGCACUGCCAAAUGAACAAGUGCUGGAAGAAAUAGCGAAAUGUGUUUCACUGUCAGCUCCUGGACCUCAUGUGUUUAUCAUUGUGUUGAGUUUGGUAAGAUUUAUACAGGUAGAAUCAGACACUGUAAACCUGAUCAAGAAGAUGUUUGGUCCACAAGCUGCUCAGUUCAGCAUCGUUCUGUUCACCAGAGGAGACGAUCUUAAAGGUCAGACUAUAGAGGAUUACGUGAAAAAAGGACGCAAUGCAGAACUUCAGAAACUGAUCAGAGAUUGUGGGAACAGAUUCCUGGCUUUCAAUAACAAUGAAAAACAAGACAAAACUCAAGUGAUGAAGCUGUUAAAGAUGAUAGAAGAGGUGAAGAGUAAUAAUCAGGGUCGAUACUUUACUAACAUCAUGUUUGAGGAGGCAGAGAUGUCCAUUAAGAAGAAGAUGGUGGAAAUCAUGAAAGAGAGAGAAAGAGAGAUUCAGAAACAGAGAGAAGAGUUACAAGACAAAUAUGAGAUGGAGAUGAAGGACAUGAUGAAGAGACUCGAGGAAGAGAAACAAAGAGCAGAAGAAGAGAGAAGGAAAAUGGAGAAUCAGCUAAAAGAAAAAGAGGAAAAAGUCAGAAAAGAGUUUGAAGAGAAGGAGAAAACAGAACAGAAGAAACGAGAGAUUGAAAACCAGAAACGAUUAGAAGAGGAAAAACAGCAGAGAGCUGAAUAUGAUCAGAGAAUAGAAGAAAUAAAGAGAGAGAUCGACAAUCAGAGAUCACAGUAUGAGCAACAGCAGAAAGAAAGAGAAGAAGAAGACAGAAAGAGAGAAGAGAAAUACAGACAAGACCAAGAAAAGAUGAGAAAUGAACAAGAGAGAAUUAUAGCAGAAUUAAAAAAGAAACAAAAAGAAGAAACAAAAAUGAGGGAUUUAGAGAAGAAAAGAAGAAAUGAAGAAGAAGAGAAGGAAAGACAGAGAUGGGAAAGAAAAAUAAAAGAAGCUGAAAAUGAGAGAAAAGAGAUUCUGGAGGAAAUUAAACGAAAGCAGAGAGAAUGGGAGGAUGAGAAGAAACGACAGAUGAGAGAACGAGAGGAAGAAGAAAGAAAAAGAAAAGAGAAACACGAAGACCAACUGAGAGAAAGACAAGAAGAACUGGAGAAAAUGAGAAAGAGAUUUGAAGGAGAAAGAGAAGAAGAACGACAGAAGAUGGAGGAGGAGAGACUGAAACAGAGAAGAGAAAGAGAAGAAAAGGAGAGAGAAUAUGAGGAAAAGAGACAGGAGACAAAGAGACAUUAUGAACGACUGGAACGAGAGAGAAAAGAGGAGUGGGAGAGAAGAAAACAUGAAGAUGAAGAGAGACGAGAAGGAGAGAGAAGGAGAUGGGAGCAAAUGAUUGAAGAUCUGAAACGAAAACAAAAGGAGGAGAUCAGGAGAAGAGAAGCAGAAGAGAAAGAAAGACAAAAGAGAGAAGAGAAA